GGAGGCAAAGAGGAGAGAGAUAGCAGCCAGUGUGACAGAUAAGAGCGUGGCAGAACUUGUCUUCCUGACUGCACCGUGGGUCGGGGAAAUAGAGAACAAGUGGAGCAGAGUGUCAGGCUGCAGCCUGCACAACAAACACACUCACACACACACCCACAGAUACACACACACUCACAUACCCACAGAAACAGACAGACCGCUCCAGAAGAAGUUCAGAGUGAGGACUGACCUCAAAAAGGUGGGUUGGAAGAAGUUUUUUCUUGUUUCUCUUGAUCUGAGCCUCGUCCUGUGCUGGAGUUGUGUUCCUCACCUACUGAGUGUUUAAAGGGACAAUGCUGUCAGUGAAAGACAAGGAGCUGAUACGAGACAGCUGGGAGAGUCUUGGCAAGAACAAAGCCCCUCACGGUGUCGUCAUGUUCUCCAGAUUGUUUGAGCUGGACCCUGAGCUCCUCAGUCUGUUCAACUACAGCACCAACUGUGGCUCUAAACAAGACUGCCUCUCUAGUCCCGAGUUCCUGGACCAUGUCACCAAGGUGAUGCUUGUGAUCGAUGCAGCAGUCAGCCACCUGGAUGACCUCCACUCCUUGGAGGAAUUCCUGCUCAACCUGGGAAAGAAGCACCAGGCGGUGGGAGUCAGCACGCAGUCGUUUGCUGUGGUGGGGGAGGCCCUUCUCUACAUGCUGCAGUGCAGUCUGGGCCAGGCCUACACGGCGCCGCUGCGUCAAGCCUGGCUGAACAUGUACAGCAUCGUGGUAUCGGCGAUGAGCCGAGGCUGGGCCAAGAACGGCAAGGACAAGGCCGACUGAAGCUCUCAGCGGGAGCUUCUGAAGCAGUUUGCUGUUGAAAGUCAUCAGCACGGUUACCAUGGAACGAGGUUGUGUAACUGUGCAGCACUGUGGCUUCGGCUGCUGUACAUUUGCUCUGUGAGUUGGGUUGUUUAGCGUAGCAGAUGUAUGGUAGAGUUGCACUGUAAAAAAUCAGGCCGACUGAUUGCAGAGUUUAUUUUCUUCGCUGUGGAUGUUAAGCUUCCGGUCCCCGCCGAUGCACAGCUGUGAGAGUCAUCCGGCUUGGUUUGUCCAAAUCUGGACCCGUAAUCUGAAAUCAACAAGAGAAAGUAUAAAGGCUCUUUGUACAUAACAGCUUUGAUAUAUCUCUAUCUUUACUCCAACAAUAACAGUGACUUUAGUGGUCGUUGUGAUGUGUCUUAGUAGAGUUGCACACUUGUGAAACUAUACAUAUAUGUAUAUAUACAUAGACAUAUAUAUACAUAUAUAUAUAUAUAUAUAUAUAUAUAUAU